AGAGGGCGCUGUGGGGUCACCGGACUCCCGCGCGCGGGAAGAUGGCGGCGGCCGCCGGAGCGCUUCUCCCCGGUGACGGGAUCGUGAUCGCGGGAAAACUCUACUCGGGGGUCGCGCUCACGCUGGACACCUGCCUGCUGCCGCAUGAGCGCGUGCACUGCAGCCCCUCGCGCGCGCACGGACUGUCCGCGCGCACGGAGGAGCAGCUUCGGAACCGGAUGUGCGAGAUGAUCCAGAGUGCGGGAAUCCUGCUCGGCUUGCCUCAGGUUGCCAUGGCAACAGCCCAGAUCCUGUUCCAUCGGUUCUUCUACUGUAAAUCGUUCGUGAGGUACUGCGCGGAGACGGUGGCCAUGGCGUGUCUCCAGCUGGCGUCUAAGAUCGAGGAGGAGCCGCGGCGCGUGAGGGACGUGCUGAACAUCUUCCAUCACCUCAGAGACGCCGCAGGAGACAGGUGCCGCGGUCCCAUGCUGCUGGACGACAGCUACGUCAGCCGCAAGAGCGACGUGAUUAAAGCAGAGCGGCGCGUGCUGAAAGAGCUGGGCUUCUGCGUCCACGUCAAACACCCGCACAAGGUGAUCGUGAUGUAUCUCCAGGUUCUGGAGUGUGAGAAGAACACCAGAUUGCUUCAGCUGUCCUGGAACUACAUGAACGACAGUUUGAGGACUGAUGUGUUUCUGAGGUUCAGCGCUGAGACAGUUGCGUGUGCGUGUAUCUUUCUCUCCGCACGGGUUUUACAGAUCCCUCUGCCCGACCGGCCGCCCUGGUUCCUGUUGUUCGGAGCAUCAGAAGAGGACCUGAUGGAGAUCAGUGGGUGUGUUGUGAGGCUGUACACGCUGCAGUGUGAGUCUCUGGCUGCUCUGCUGCAGAAGGUGGAGGAGAUGCGCUCAGUACUGGACGCUCAGUAUAACACCAGUAAACAAGCAGGACUAGUGUCUGGGACUGAAACCCCCACAGACGGGUUCUCUCCUGCGUCUAAAGCUGCGUCUCCUGCUGAAAACCAGAAGAACCACGACUCUCCGCUGUCACGUCUCGCCCUCAAAAACGCCUGUCGAAAGAUCACAAGAGACGGGAGGAAGCGUCUGAGUCGCAGUGAUGAAAGGCGAUGUGACCGCUGUGUCCCGUCGCCCCCCAGACGCAGGCGCAGUCGCAGUGUUUCCUCUCCAUCUCCUGGACACACACACUCCCACAGACAGCAGCGGAGUGAACGAGAACGAGCGCGGAGAAAACCAUACUCCACUCACAGGAGAUGAUGUCAUCGGGCCGGGGGAGGGGCCAGAGCUGACCAAUCAGACGCCGUCUGUGAAACCUCUUAGACUGUGUUUGUAAUGUGUGUUAGAGCUGCAUUCAGUCUUUCAUAAUCGUGCAGCUCUGUUGUGCUUUUAUAAAAUAAAUCUAGAGAAGAGUUUAAAUAAAAGGGAUCAUUGUAA